AUGGCGGACGCUCUCUCAAUCGAACAGAACAACAAAAUUCGAGCCGCAGUCGGUCUCCCACCACUCCCUGUCCCUGGCGCCGGUCCUGAAUUCCAAGAAUCCGACAGCGAGUCCGGUGAGGAGGAGGAACAAGCCAGCACCGUUGAAACGCGACAGGCGGCCGGGUACGACAACUGGAAGAAACUCCAAGAUGAUGCCGAAGCGAAGCGAAAGAGGGACGAAAAGAACGCUGCCAUUAAGAAAGCGCGCGAUAUCGCUCAAAGAAACAUUCGACUUCAAGGCGCGACUCUAGGAGAGGAAAAUGGCGCCGAACUCGAUACCAAGGCCUGGUUAGCCCAGUCCAAAAAGCGCACCAAAAAGAUCGAGCAAGAGCGUGCUCGCAAAACUGCAGAGGAACUCGAAGAGCGUGAGCGCCUCGCUGCGGCCGAGUACACCGCUGCGGACCUGGCUGGUAUCAAGGUCGGACACUCCGCGCGCGACUUUGAUGGCGGCGAAGAUCACAUCCUCACACUCAAGGAUGCCGCGGUAGACGAUGAUGAGGAGGUGGAUGAGCUUCAGGACACAGCCUUGGUUGAGCAUGAAAAGCUACAAGAAAAACUGGAACUGAAGAAGAAAAAGCCUGUCUACGACCCCCAUGCAGAGAGCCAGGGAAUUCUAUCCCAGUACGAUGACGAGAUCGACGGCAAAAAACGAAAGAGAUUCACACUGGAUGCUAAGGGCUCAAAUGAAGAGCGCGAAGCCAAGCGCCAAGAAGUGUCGAAUCAACUAAAGAAGAACACCAUCAACCUCGAGUUCGAACCAGAGGUACCGGCCUCUGACUACAUGGAUAUCAGUGAGGUCAAGAUCAAAAAGCCCAAGAAGAAGAAGGCCAAAACUACGAAACAGAGGGCUGUUAUGGACGAGGAUGACCUUGCCCCGCCACCCGAGAGUACCGACACCCCAGGAAACUCGGCCAUGGACAUUGAUUCCAGUGCGGGUGUACCAGUCCCUGCCCGCCGCAAGCCCGUCACCGAAAAUGUUUCUUUCGCCGAUGAUGACGAUCUCCAAGCCUCUCUUGCGUUGCAACGGCGCGCCGCUUUCAAAAAGCGCAAGAAGCUCAGUCCAGAGGAUCUUGCCCGCCAACUUCGCGAAGAGGAGGCCCAGACCCCGAUGGAAGUUGAGAAUGCGGACGAAGAAGAUGAACCUGGUCUUAUUAUUGACGAAACAUCCGAGUUUGUCGCCAACUUAGACAAAUCCGCUGUUUUGGAAUCCGAAGAGAAACACAAGGCUGCCCAUCGGCCAGCGCAGAGAGAGGAACCUACCCAUACAGAGCCUGAACCUGCGUCGGAGCCGGAGGGCGAAGGCGAGGGAGUUGAGGUCGACAUGGACCGCUAUGGCGACGUUGAAGAUGAAGAGGAGCUUGCCAACCGCAUCAAACGUGAUGAAGCGGCUCAGGCUCAGGCUCAGGCUCAGCCAGAAAUCACAGGCACCGGUCUGGAGGAGGAGUCUACAUUGGACGAAGGUCUUGGAGCCACUCUCAAGAUGCUGCGAUCACGCGGUCUUGUGAAAGACAACAAUGGCGGUGCCCAGAACGCGCUCAUGCGAGACCGCCAACGCUUCCUCGCCAAUAAAGCCAAUCGCGAAACCGAAAUUGAGCGCCGCGCACGCCAACAGCGCGAGCGCGACCGUGCCUCUGGCAAACUUGAUAACAUGUCAGCGCGCGAACGUGAAGAGCACGCGCGGCGGGAAAACAAGCAUCGCGAGCAGCAAGAAGGGCGGCAUAUGGCCGAGGCCUUCAAUCGCGAUUACAAGCCAGAUGUUCAGCUUCGUUAUGUCGACGAGUUUGGCCGUAACAUGAACCAGAAGGAGGCGUUCAAGCAACUCAGUCACCAAUUCCACGGCAAGGGCAGUGGUAAGAUGAAGACGGAGAAGCGCCUGAAGAAGAUCGACGAGGAGAAGAAGCGUGAGGCCGCGAGUGCCUUGGACAGUAGUCAGAAUGGCGGCAUGAAUAACGCUGUUGGUACCGCUGCGCGCAAGACUGGCCAGCCCGGUGUUCGCCUGGGUUGA